UCGGUGCACGCGCAGUUGUUGAUGGCUAUUUGCCCAUCUCAACAACUAAGCCCAAACACGGUCCACAACCGCAGAAAUUGGCACAGCUUAUGCGAUCAUAAACUGCAGAAGAUAGAAAUUGGAAGAAGGGAAAAGUCUAACAUCGGCGAUGAACCCCCACUUAUAAAUCGGAAAAUUCCAAUAUCACCGACCAGUUUUUCCCUCUCCCUCUGAUACAUCUUGAACGCCUCUAGCUUCACUUCAAUGGAGAAAGGCAAAUCUCCAGCGACCACCGUUGCAGCUUCUCUCCAAAAUCUCGUUCUUAAUUCCACCGCCGCCUCCGCCUCCGCCUCUUUCCUUUUCCCAGUCUUUCCAUCUAAAAGAACAAAGCCUCCUGGUUUAGUCAGCUUAUGCAUUGCUGUCAUCGGGAAGCAUUUGGAGGAUCUCAUCCCUGAGUUGGGCGAGAUUGCUAUCAGUUUCCCAGCACAUAUUAAGAUGUCAAUUGCUGCAGUUGCUAGGAGAAGAAAGCUUCUAAAUGAUGAUGUAAUAAUCUCUCUUGCUGAUGGCACUUGGGAAGUCCUUGACAUUUCUGGUUCAGAUGUCUCAGAUUUCGGUCUUGCAAAAGUGGCAGAGAUGUGUGGAUAUUUGCGAGCAGUGAAUAUAAGCCAAUGCAGCAGAAUUACUUCUAAUGGUGUCUCUCAACUGGCGCAGCACUGUCAAUCUUUGGAGAUAUUAAGAUGUGGAGGGUGUCCUCAGAGUGAUUACACUGCAAGAAGAUGCCUGCACUUAUUUAAACCAGACCUGAACAAUUUGGAAGGAGAUUCGUGGGAGGAACUUGAUGCAACAGAGAUCACUCGUGGUGGACAAUCCCUGCGGUGGCUUGUGUGGCCAAACAUAGAUCCUGAUUCUUUGGCGAAUUUCUCCUCUGAAUGCCCCCGCGUUAUUGUUAACCCGCGGCCUUCACCCUUUGACUUCAAGGGAGUUGCUGUCCCUAGAGAAGCGCUGCCAGAUACAGUUUUGGAUGGUCAUGCUGUUGAGGAUAUUGACCCCACUACAUGGGCAUCGUGUAGACCAAUAAGAAGGAUUUUACCACCCGUUUCAAAUCCCAGCGAGUUGUCCGUGGCUGAAAAGUUUAGGUUAGCAUUUGUAGAGAGAGAUACAAGGUUGGCUCCUAAACGAGCCAAGAAUGCGAGGCAACGUCAGCGUCGUGCAGAGAGAGAGUGGAUGAUGACCUCAGAAGCUAAAGCUAUAGAUCUUGCUUCACGGGCAAACAAAUCCUUACUUUGAUACUAAAGUAGCAUUGCAGUUAUGUUUGGUGGCCUCCUAUUUAAACCACUGAGUUCAAUUGUAAAGUAAUAUUUAAGAACACAGGGGAAGUAUUUGAUCAAUAUGUUCAUUCGUAAUGGUAGACUUUUGCAGAUGAAGUUACAGCUGGGGGAGAUUAUGUAAUGUUAGAUGCCAAUGUACAUGAUAAAGAGUACACAAUAGUUCCUUAGCUUGUACUCCGUAUGUUGUACGUAGGAAAAAUUGAUGGGAAUAAGUUAAUUUUAGACCGUCUGUAAAAAAAAUAAGUCUACCUUUUUAUUAUACCUGAGUCAAUCUUUAUACCCCUUAAAUUUUAAAUAAGUCAGAUGAUCAGUGACUUGUAUUUUUUGUCAACA